AUGAAUGCAAGCACUGUCAACAAUAACAAUAAUGGCGAUUCACAAAACUCUUUUAAUGGAAAAGAAAAAAGGUUUUCAAGAAUUAACCCUCGUAUAAAACUUUUUAAACCCAACCAAUUUGGCUACAGUAGUAUAAUCAGGAACCCACAUGCGAAACUCAAUCAAUCAUCAGAGAAAAAUAAAACACACAAAGAUGUUGAUUUAGAUACAAGGUCAAGUAAUCAACUCAAACAUGGUUUGUCUGUUGAUGAGCUUGAGCCUGUACAAUCUUAUAAAAGACGGCAAUUUACUGUUCCCAAUAGCCAGUUUAGAACAACUGAUUCACGGACCAUUUCAAGAUCAACAAUAUUCACCAAUCCAUAUUCCAGAGAGCUUAGACACGCGGUAAAAAAUAUUGAAGAAAUGCAAACGUUUGAAAAUUCUUUAUUGUCCAUUGAUAUUGAUGGAUGUUUAAAAGAAAAUUAUCAUGACAUAACUACAUCACAGACUAAGAAUGAUACAAUGUUAGGGUCAACAAAUAACACAAAUAACACAAAUAACACAAUUUCAUCAGAUUUGAUUUUAACAUUUAUGGCUUUAGAUGAUAUAUCAAAAAUAGAAAGUGAAUCAUUUAUCAAGAAGAAAAAUGUUGAAACCAACAUUGUAAAUGAUAAUAAUGGAGGGAAUAUUGAUGCUGUCAGUAGUGAUGGUAGUAACAGUCAUAAUGAUGUCGAAAGAAUCGAAGUUGGAUAUGAUGACUUAUCAGGAAUUGCACAAAUUAUGAACAACAACUUUGCUUCUACGCAAAGCAUUCAAACAUCAUCAGAUAUUCAAAAUCAAAUGGAAGUACUAUUAAAUCGUGGUAUUUUUCAAAGUUUUGAAUCUAAUGAUGAUAUUGAUAAUUCACA